CGGGAAGGUCGCGUCGCGCAAACUUUUACAUCGUCGUAUUAUCUCGCGCAAUAUAAUCGUGACAAAUACUAAGUGAUAGCAAAUCGCGAUUAUAUUUCUUACAAUAGCUGCAGUUAGCAAACAUUCAUUAAUUCUCGCGAUUAAUUCUUGCGUCUAAACAAAAUAUGUUUUAAAACAAAUUUCAUUUCUAUUAAUUGCGUAAUAAUUAUAAUUUGAUGUUUGACAUAUGAAUUUUGUUCGCCAAACAAAUUGUAGCUUUAUAUAAUUAAAGUUGUCGCAAUAUUAAGUGCGCAUCACAAUUAACAUUGGGAGUGUCGUACAAAGUGGCGUGCGUAUUCUGCUAAUUAAUGUGCGCGGUCGUGUUUCCGCAAGUGAGUAUAUAUUAUAGGUAUUAUAAGUGUCAUCAAAAAAAGAAUAAGAGGACGCCCGAGAAAUCGUCGUACGACGAAGCAAUCAUAAGAGCGAGUGGGAUGCGAACAUGCUGGAAAAACAGAGACGGACAGAGGUACCUCUCGCGAGUGUACCACCCCUAAAGUGCAUCGCGGGAGGCAGCUCGGACACUCAUAACAAUCAUAACAACGGGAUCUCGCGAGUAACUCGUGGACCACCUCCGCGCAUCGUACCGCCCAAUGUACCGCCCCCAUUACCCCUUCUAUGCUGACUACCUACCAGGCGGGAGAAUCGUCACGGCGGGUUGUCUUCCCUCGGUUGUACAGCGGUGCCACUACGCAGCCAGACUGCGGACCGUCAGGGUUUAGGUCCGAGUUUUCGCGGCGAGCUCCAACCGCGCAACGUGCACGACCACGCUGCCAAUCAAGGACAGCACGAGGGGAAGAUUGGAUCGCCUACCUUCUCCGAGACAUCGAAUCCGCGACAAGAUCUGGAUCGUCGCUCGCAGUAUCGAUUGUGAUUCGAAGAAAAAUUUCAUUCCAAAUUGGAAGAGGAAUUGGAGCUAACAGACAAUUGGAGAAGGUCAAGUCGAGCAGACAACGUUCGACGCUUCCUUCGAAAACAUCGCACUUUGCGACGUGCCGCUAAAUAAAUAGUGUGUGUGAAACUACGUAGUGAUCGAGAAGUUUGGACGUGCAGUUGCGUGCGUCGAUUUAUCCGGCCUAUCAGCACGUGGCUCAUAGAAGUGGAAUUUUUCAGUCUGCGCUUCGCGGACAAUUGAGCGCAGUGAACUUUGUGACAGUUGGCCAGUGAAACGUGUGGUCGAAGCAUCCUCGGUUAAGUGAUAAACUCAAACAGUUAACUCUUUUGACAUUAGCGUCAUUUCAUCACCAGCUGUUUCAGGUCAAGGUGAUUGCUCUGGUUUAUUCCACACUCACCAAACGUAAAUUCGGAGUAAGUGCGUGGGAAUGAAUUAAAUCGCGUUAAGUGCAAACAGAAAGGUGAAAUCAAAUUAAUUAUAAAGAGCCCAACAAUUUUGACGUAAGGGGUCCAGAUUUAUCUAUCAGCUUCGAAAAGAGAUACGCAUUUUUAAGUAGCGUAUUCGCUUGUCAGCAUUGUCGCUGAGCAAAAGAAAGCUAUGAGACAAGGACUCCGGCUUUAAUAAGUUUCUUAUUAUUGCGACGAGUACGCUGAUAAUUACGAUACUCGCAUGUUCAUCGCGUGAACACAUCGGUGUUUUUCAACACGAAAUUAUAUGUUACGGACAACAACUACGAAGUGCAUGGCUUGACGCGCACAAAUAAAAUAAUUAAAACCACAUUACACGUAAGGUGUACUAUCUACCGAUUAUCUGCGCAGUGGAACUUUAUCGAGAAUCAAAUCGGUAAAUUAUUGUUUCCCGGUCAUUUGGAAUAUCCAGGAAACGGCUCGAAGACGUCUCGCCUUCCAAAAUUUCUUUCAACUGUUCAGGCGAAUACAAGAGGAGGUUGAAUCGAUCAAAGCAGUAUUUUAUCAAAUUGUGGGCAAUUAACUGUUUGCUUCUUAAUCGCUCCUAAUUAGUCGCAAUUACCCGCAGUAAUUAAGUAGGCUGAUGUCACCAGCGGCUGAUGUAUCAGUGAAUCGUCCGCUUCUUGUUCGGCUGAUCUUACUAUCAAAAUAAACUAUUAAUAUUCGCCGAUAGGAAAAAUACCGGGAGAUCGGCAAGGGAAGCGCCAGAAGAAGGAGAUCUUUGGAGAGAAUUUGAAACGAAAAAGAAUUUGAAGUCGUGCCUUGGUGUAAGCGUGGCAUCGUAGAGAACGAGAGAGAAAAAUAGACAUUAGGCUGCCGUUGAUCGACGAGAUCCCGCGACGGAAUUGCACCGUGGCGAAGAUAAAUAAUUGCCGCUAGAUAAACCCGCGUCAGGACGACGUCCCAAAUACAUCAGUCACAGAUCGCCUCAGAUUACGAGUCCCCGGGAUGCAAGGCUGACAUGGCGGAGGGUUCGGCCGAGGAGGAACAGAGCAGUACCGCUGCGCCCGCUUCCCCGCCAGCUGAUCUUCGCACUCUGAACACCCAAUUGUCGCCGCCUUAUCACCACCAGCCCCAUCUCCAGCCUCGUCUUCAACAUCUGCAGCAUUCCAACAUGCUGGCGACCGCCGUACCGCCCCGGCACAGCCACAGUAUGCUGUCUCAUCAGGUGAAAGCGGAGGCAGACCUGGACGGCCCCUGCGAUGUGCCAUUGAAUCUCAAGAGCGAGGAUAGCGAUAGGAGUAGCACUGGAAGCCCCGAGCCGGCGACAGGUGGUGGUGCGCUUCACGAACAUCAAAUGAUGAUAGAUGAUAUGAAGAAUUCACGAAAGAGACGACGGAGCCCAUCACCCGAAAAUCUCCAUCAAGCGAAACGUGCGGCGGUUGCACAAGCGCAUCUAAACGGAACGAUGGCCGGUAUGGUGACACUUCAGAAUCUUCAGAAUUUAGCGAAUUUGCAAAAUCUUCCACAAGUUGCGUCACUGGCCGCUGGUCUUCAAGGGAUGACGGCGGGAUUGACUAAUAAUCAAUUAAUUAAUACUCCCUUGAAUCUGACUGUUAGCUCGUCAGGUGGAACGGUACCAACAGCCUCGAGUACGACGGCGGCUCCCCACCUUCUGCCACCUAGCUCGGCUCCAAUGGCGACGUUACCUCAGCUAUUAUCUCAACCGCAACCGGUUGCGAUGCCUCAAUUCAUCCUAACGUCCGGUCAAUUGGUUCAGGGCAUUCAAGGGGCUCAGCUUCUUAUCCCCACUUCGCAAGGAAUCGCUACGCAAACCAUCUUGACCAUACCCGUUAGCCACGUCACGAAUAAUCAAAUGGUAAACUUGGCGCUCAGUAAUGGACAGGUAGUUUCUACGACACUGGCGAACCUUCAGUCUUUAGCUCAACCACAGAAUAUGCUUAACACGCCUACGAGCAACGUUCCCACGAGCCCCAGCCUGGCAUCGGGAUUAGGACUGAACCCUGCUGCUUUGCCGCAUCUUCUGAGUAAUAGCUCGGCGAGCCAACAACUUCUGAAUGCGAUGCAGCCUCAGCAAUUGCUCCAGGCUGCCCAAGCGGCACAGGCGCAAGCGGCACAAGCUGUACAGGCCGUUCAGGCUUCUCAACAACCGCUUCUAACGACAUCGCCUCAACAGCACAGCCAUCGACACACCUCGCAUAUGAAUCAUUACACAUCAACGGAAAAACAUCAUAGGGAACGACCUGAGCAGUCGUCGCCUUUGAACGAAUCCGUCGUGUCCGCUGCAUCCGCUUUGAACAGAUUGGCCGCCAGCAACGGCGAGAUUACUAUCACGACAACGCAUGGACCAGGCGGUGUUGGAGUAAAGGCAUCCCCGAGCAAUAUGCAUAGCCCGAAGGAGGAGGAGGACGAUCUCUUGAAUGAUUCACCGAACCAGCCAACGAUCAAUGAGGCCACUAACAAUGUGGUCGAUGGGAUCAAUUUGGACGAGAUCAAGGAGUUCGCGAAGGUCUUUAAGCUGCGCAGAUUGUCUCUGGGUCUGACACAGACCCAGGUCGGGCAGGCCCUGAGCGUCACCGAAGGGCCCGCAUACAGCCAAAGUGCCAUAUGCAGUGCCCUGGCUACCCAGAUGUACGCUGCCUCGCAGAUUGCCUCUCAGCAGCAAGCUACAUUCGAAAAGCUGGACAUUACGCCGAAAAGCGCGCAGAAAAUUAAGCCGGUCCUCGAGAGGUGGAUGAAGGAGGCAGAAGAGAGUGCAUCUGAUUCCAGGUACAAGAGCGGCGUUAAUCAUCUGACGGACUUCAUCGGGGUCGAGCCGAGCAAGAAGCGAAAACGACGGACCUCCUUUACGCCUCAAGCUUUGGAACUGCUGAACGCACACUUUGACAGAAACACUCAUCCCACCGGCAAUGAAAUCACGACUUUAGCGCAUCGACUAGGAUACGAUAGGGAGGUGAUAAGAAUCUGGUUCUGUAACAAAAGACAAGCUUUGAAGAACACGGUGAGGAUGAUGUCGAAGGGCGUCGUAUAGGGAAGGACUACAUCUACCGAUCAACCGAGCAACAUAUGAGAAAAGCUUCAAGCUGAAGCGAGCGAUGAGAAACAUGUUUCGUGAAAUUUUUCAAAAAAAUCUCGCGUUUCUUCUAGUAAUAUAAAUAAAUUGAAUCGCGCGUGAGAGAACGACUUUUCCGUGGCAUAUUACGGAAUUAAGGAGGAAAAUCAUUCACCGGAGAAAGACUGUAGUUAUCAAAGUGAAUCCGGCACGGAAAGAUCGUUCUAGAUCGAGGCGAGGUCCUUCGAAUAUUGUGAUCGCAGGUGUAUACGACAUCUAUAUGUAAAUAGCUUUAAUCUACGAAUAUGUAAUGUAUACAUGAGUCGAAUAUCGAAAACUGAUAAUCUAAAAUCGUUGUCUCUCAUUUGGUACCAAUCCGUCGCGCGCUUCCACAAUUUUCAUAGAUAUAUAUCUAGCAGAGAACACACACACACACACACACACUGUGACUAACUGAUCCAGUUUCGAGUUUCGAAACAAACAAGUUAUUGGCAAGCAUCAACGAAUCGAGUAACGUAGGAUUCCACGACGAUCAAAAUUACGUGAAAAGUUUAUCGAGCAACGAUAGAAAAAUUGCUUCCAUACGUCUUAAUUAAUUAAUUGCUCGAGUGUGACGCAUCGGGACACGUACGUUUCUCGGAACACAAUCCAUGAAAAACCGGGCGGAAAGGUAUGUAAGUCGUCGCACGGAUAAUAAUUAAUAAAAAUUCAACUAUACCUUCAAAAAAUGAUUAUUUACGAGAUAGCGGCGAACAUUUUAACAGCUACGUGCAAUCGAUAAUCACAUAAUCAAAUGAUGGCGUAAUGAUCGAGAAUGCACUCAAAAUCGAAAGACUCGAUGGAUGGCAAUCUUUUGCGCGCAACAAGAACUAUAAUUAAAUUCGAGAACCGAACCUUCAAGGAAAUUAAUUACAUCCGAUCUUGAAAUAUCGUUGUCGCUCGUUGAGUUGCGUAAAAUAAAAAUAUCGCUUAAAUAAUAAAUACAAAAUCUCAUCGCCUCUCUCUAUUGAUUAUAUAAUAUCAAAUCCCUUAUAUAUACACAAUUGAAACGAGCAAUGAUAAUAUUUCUGUUAUAAUUUCGGUGACAGAUCGACGGAGAGUUUUUAGUGCGCGCGAGAUCUGUAAAUUACACGUGUAUCUAGAAACAUGAAUGAAAUUCCUUUAGUAACUAAAUAACGCAAUAACGUCUCUGAAAGUAUGCUAUAAUGCGAUUAUAUACCACAUGCCGCUCCUGUGAAGUUGUAUUUGUUAGUCGUGUAGGAAAGAGACGGUUAGGGACAGACGAGAUUCGAGUUUCUGCAAAACUAGUCCGUAAUAAUCUGCCAUAUAAGACGUAUACGUGUUAAACGAGCACGCAUCCUUCGUUCCUAUACAUAUAUGCGCGAUCCGCUUACUCGCUGAAUAACGAUGAAAGCUCGGAUGAAAACUUCGAUUUUACUAGAGCUCGAUUCCGAUCUGCGGGGAUAAUCGACGAACAUAAUUCUUCGAUUACGAAAAACGCUUCCGUAUGUAUGUGUGUAUUGUUCCAUAUUUCUAUCUUGAUUUUAUAAAUCGUAUUUACAAUCGUGCGAAAGAAAGAAAAGAUGUAGGCGAUCAAAUAAUAUUCUAUUCGUGUAUUCCUUCGCGAAUGUAGAUUCGAAUGUAUUGCGCGACAAAUAUUACAGAUGCGUGAUUUUGCAAUCGAAGAAUUAUUUAUGCAUUAUUACUGUGUCCCUUUUAACUGAAAUGAAAAAAAAUCAUAAUCAUAAAUAAAUACAUAAAAAAUGGCCAUGUAAAAUCGCCCUACACGUCAUAAUAAUUAUUAGGACGAUUGAUUUGCACGCGUCGCUACAUAUACGAACGCAUUAUGUUGUGACGCAGUCAUUUAGCAACAAGCGAUCGACAACCCGCAGUCGUAUUUCCGCGUAAAAGGAUAUUUAAGUGAAGCCCAUAAAAGUACGGUUUUCUUAAUAUUUAGCAGACAAGUACGUUUAAUGAAUAAGAUUGUGCAUAAAAUGUACUUCAUCCUCUUUAUAUAAUGGGCUAUUCGCUACGAUAAUAUCGUGAAAUCUUUAACAUGAUGCGUAGCUAGGGGCGCAAGGGGUAGCCUGUACAUAUUACGAUACAUACAUUGUAAUAUUACAAUUAACUUUUAUUAUAUCAUAGCUACAAAAUAGCUGAAUUCGAGCAAAGAAAAUUUACAUGGUUAAAAAAAUAAUAAAUUUCUAAAAAUAAAACAUAUUUUAAGGUUUUACUUUUAAGAGUCUGAGAUGAGCAAAGUGAUCUGUUCCUAAAAUAUUGUAUUAUACGAGUAAAAAGAGAGGAUGAGAGAGAAAGGCACGAGUGGGGGUCGGAAAGAUAUACGAUAAGGUAAAAUUCAAAAUUCAAAAUUUUUAUUACAGGGAUGGGAUGUAUAUGUUAUCCUUUUUGAUAAAAAAGCGAAAAUAUUUGUACAGAAAUAUUCCGGUUAUUAAAUUUUGUUAUACGAGAAAGAGAGAAAGAAAGAAUGAAAGGGGAAAAAAGAGAGAGAGAGAGAGAGAGAGAGAGAGAGAGAGAAAUAAAAGAGCAGAGCGUCAAAAGACGCGCGGUAGUGAUAAAAAUAAAAACGCGAACACAGUUUAAGAAUCAUGUGUAUUUUCUUCGUGAAAUUGAAAUAUUCGAAUAGAUCCUUACGAAAAUAUAAACAUGAGUAUUACAAAAAAAAAAAACAUGUGAAUUGUAUUCGUGAAUGUCAUAUUUCUAAGGAAGAUAGAUCCACGGGCAAAUGUUUUAUAGCAGUUUCCAGCUGAAUUCUUGCUCGCUUUAUCUGGUGAUUUUUGUAGACAAAAGAUAAGAAAGGAUAGCCCUACGUCACAUAACCGAAUAAUAAAGAGAAGAAAUAAACAUCCCUAAAAAAAGAAGUCACGUCGAGUCAUAAAGUAAAAACAAAACACAAAUCGAUAAGAGGAAACUGCUCCUGAAACAUUGCCCAGCGAAACCAAAGUUCCUACUACGUUUUAUAAAGUAUAUAAUUGAAACUGCAGAGAACACUUGAAUUGUAAAUAUACGAUAAACGCAAAGUUAAGCUAAUAAUCACGAUACAAUCAGCAAUUUAACGAUGCUAAAAUACGACUCGCCGAUCAAUUGAUUCGACAUUGCCGUUGUCGGAGAACAUCGAUCGACCUUAUUAUGGAAAGAAAAUCACACAACUUGGUAAGCCGACUUCACCGAAGGCGGGAAUCAAUUGAUUUUGGCAACGAAAUAAGCACACAGUCGGCAAUUAAGCACAUAAGUAUACAAUUAAACUAAGCAGCCGUAGCUCUAGCUUCAAUGUUAGCACUUAGGCACACGAUGUAACAUUAAAUUACGUAUUUAAAUGAAGGACAAGAAUCUUAGCCGUUAAGCGAAUACCUGUGUAAAAUUUAGUAGGUGUCCACAAAAAUAAAAUAAAAACAUAUAUUGUGGUACAAAUAAUAAAAAA